CCGAAUCCUAAACCAAACUUUAUAAUCCCGUCCCAGUUCCCAAAUAAAUUAAACCGGCGCUGAGUACUGAUCUGCGAUCGGCGACUGUCUCUUCUCCGGGAUAGUGAAAGAUGAAGCUGAAGGUUGUGUAUCGUAAGGUCUCCGAUUACAUUCGUUACGAUCUCAAAGAAAUCGUCUUACCUUCAUCACUUCCCGAUCCUCCCCACGUCGUUAAACGCCGCAAAUUGACGUGGCACGAGCGAUUUCUCGUGUUGAAGGAAGCUUCAAGGCUUUAUGCUGCAAGCUGGGUGCGAGAUAUAGGUCCUGAACUUCGUCCAAAUGACUACAAGAAGCAAGGGGAUGCUGAACCUAAAAAACAAGCUAAAGAGACAGAGAACGAGCCCUCUGUUUUGGAAGAUCUUGCGGUAGCCGCAAGAGGUGGCAUGGAGACUUUAAGGCCUGCUUUACAUCGUCUGUACAUGACACGAGCUUCUCAUUAUAAAGAUGCUCUUGCAAGCUUUAUAAAAGGCUACCAUGAGGGUUUGCAGCAAGUUAUGCAGAGUAAAGCAGAGUCUGAAGCCCCUGCAGAUGAAUCUGACAAGUCCAAAAAGACUACCUGACCUUUUAGUUAGCUCCAAAAGCAGGGUUUAAUAUGUGAAUGCGAGUAUGUACGUAGCUAGAUUUUGGGUUCUUUGAUGGUGUACCACAACAAUCAAAAGAUUUCUAUCAACUACUUAGUCUUUCAUGCUCAAUGUACCCUAUUUGUGAAGUAACUUCUAGAAACCAAAAACAUUUAGCUUGACAAAUGUGCUUCAUAGAUUUAAGUUCCAAUU